CGCUCCUCGCGCCGUGACAAACAUCUCCACUCUUUAUCAACAAGCUCCUUCUGGCCCUCAGGCUUCGACUGCCUCAGGCGCAUCGUUUUCGGCGCCAUCCGCUGCCCGGCGCUCCCGCCCUUCACCUUCACCAUGUCUCUCCGCUCCGACAACGUCCCCUCGACGCCCCGCGUCAUCUCACCGAGUCCCACGCCCUCCGAGCAAGAUGCCCGCGACUAUUCCGGCCCGGUAACCCGCUCCGCCGCCCGGAGGAGGACACCUACGCCGCAGCCCCUCGAAGAGCGAUCAGACGAAGAUGAGCCCGAGAGCCCCGACCUGCGACGGGCACGAACCCGCAGUCGAUCUCCCAUCGGCGCCGGAGCCGUACCGCGAAUGACGAGACGCACGAGCACGGCCGCGAAAGCCAGCAAGGUGGCCAAGUCGGUCAUCGUGGAGGAACCAGUCGUCGCCAACGGCAAGGCCCCAACCACCAAAACCACCAACGGCCAUCUCGCCCCGCCACAGCCGUCGACGCCCAUGGGCUGGACAUGGCGCGACUUCAGCCGGAGUCCUAGUCCGCUGGGGCUCAUCCCAAUCCACAGGCACUGGAGGACUUUUGUCCACAAGCACGAGGUACCGCGAAAGGUGCUGCACGUGUCUAUUGGCUUCUUCGUCGUCUGGCUCUACGUCACCGGCACUCAGCCCAGCGCCGUGACGCCCUGGCUCAUGUCGGGUCUGAUUCCCAUCACCACCGUUGACUGGCUCCGACACCGUUAUGCGCCUUUCAACCGCUUCUACGUCAAAGUCCUCGGGGCUCUGAUGCGCGAGAGCGAGUAUGCAGGCUGGAACGGUACCAUCUUCUACCUUCUUGGCGCCUGGAUCGUUCUCUACGGCUUCCCCAAGGAUGUUGGCAUCAUCAGCGUCCUGCUCCUCAGCUGGUGCGACACCGCCGCCAGCACCUUUGGCCGUCUUUGGGGCCGAUAUACCCCGCGCCUGCGCCGAGGCAAGUCUCUUGCCGGCUCCGCGGCUGCCUUCCUCGUCGGCGUGGCUACGUCGUACUUUUUCUACGGCUGGCUCGUCCCGACCACCGGCCCUUUCCCCGGCGACGAGGACUUUAUGUUCAAGGGCGUCCUUUCGCUGCCCAAGGCCAUCACUGAAGCGGUCGGUCUCUCGGAGGGACAGGCCACCAUUACUGGGUCUCUGGCCCUUGGCGUCAUGAGCGUGCUCUCCGGCUUCAUAGCCUCUGCUAGCGAGGUGGUGGACAUCUUUGGUUGGGACGACAACCUCACGAUUCCCGUUCUCAGCGGUAUUGGCAUCUGGGGUUUCCUGAAGGUCUUUUCUUAG